UUUAAUUUAAGAUUUAACCCUUACUGUUUGUUUUUUUGUUUUUCUUCUCUCAGACUUUAGUCAUCUUGGACAUCAACCACUCAACUACCUAAACCCACCCACCCCUAUAAUAACCCCUCUCAUCCCUCUUUCUCUCCCACAACCUGCUCCAGUUCAUUAAACUUGUUUUUUGCUAGAAGCAGGAAGAGAAGCGAAACAAACAAACAACAAAAUAAUCAAUUGAGCCACUUACCAUCAGAUUUAGAUCUCCCAACAGAGAGUUUCUCAAAAUUGCCAAGUACCCUUUUCAGGAUCAAGGAAGAGAAUCAAGAACCACCAAAAGGUGUUGUUCUUUGUUGUAGUUGUUUGUAACUGUAGCAACAUGAAGAUGGUUAGAAAGUUGGUUGUGGUGAGGCUUGUGUUGGCCAUAUCUGUGUUGAGCUCUCUCCUUCUGACAACCUCGGCACAGACAGCAUGCAGGGGCCAGGCCUUCACCGAAAACAAGGUUUUCUCCUCAUGCCGUGAUCUUCCUCACCUAUCCUCGUACCUCCACUGGAACUUUAACCAGAGCACAGGGAAGUUGGACAUAGCAUUCAGACACACAGGAAUCUCUGGAACAGACAAGUGGGUUGCAUGGGCUAUCAAUCCCAGCAACAACCUCAAUUCAGCUAUGACGGGAGCACAAGCACUGGUGGCUAUCAUACCAUCUAGCGGUGCCCCAAAUGCAUAUACUUCUUCCAUCCAAAAUCCCGGAACCACACUGGCAGAGGGAGCCAUCUCUUAUAAUCACUCAGGAUUGACGGCUACCCAUCAGAACACUGAGGUCACCAUCUAUGCUACCCUCACUCUUCCCAGUGGUACCACCACUUUGGUCCACCUUUGGAACGAUGGUCCUGUGUCUUCUGGUACCCCUGCAAUGCAUGCUAUGACUUCUUCUAACACCCAAUCCAAGGAAAGCUUGGAUCUUCUUUCUGGCUCCAGUCAAGCAGGAAGUGGGAAUUCACUUAGGAGAAGAAGAAAUGUCCAUGGAGUCCUGAAUGCACUGAGCUGGGGGAUUUUGAUGCCCGUUGGUGCCAUAAUAGCAAGGUAUUUGAAGGUGUUCAAAUCUGCAGACCCUGCUUGGUUUUACCUUCAUGUUACAUGCCAAACCUCUGCCUACAUAGUUGGUGUUGCUGGGUGGGGAACUGGUCUCAAACUCGGAAGUGACUCGGUUGGUAUUAAGUAUAACACCCAUAGAGCACUCGGGAUCACCCUCUUCUGCCUUGGAACCCUUCAGGUUUUUGCUCUGCUCUUGAGGCCCAACAAAGACCACAAAAUCAGAAUCUACUGGAACAUUUACCACUACGCCGUUGGAUACUCCACCAUAAUCAUCAGCAUCAUCAACGUCUUUAAAGGGUUUGAUGCAUUGGAGACUUCUGUAGGGGAUCGCUACAAUGACUGGAAGCAUGCUUACAUUGGCAUCAUUGCAGCUUUGGGUGGCAUUGCUGUGCUUUUGGAGGCCUACACAUGGAUCGUUGUGUUGAAGAGGAGGAACUCAGAGAACAAGACAGCACAUGGCGUCAAUGGAACAAAUGGGUAUGAUUCUAGGGGACAGCAGGUGUAAGGGAAAGUGGCCUCAGAGAUACUGGAUUUUUUGCUUCGGAAUUCUACUUAUAUGAGUUUGGUUGUUAAAACUUAUAACAUUUUCUGUUUGUAUAUUUGUUCACUUAUAUGGAGUGUAUUUAGGACACUCCCGGUAGCUUAGAGUCUGGUUUUGAUAUAAAAUUCUUUCAUAGGAUAGACAGUGAGUUCCUGGGGCAUGGUUUCCGGAGGAUACCUUGUAUUGAUUUUCUUCAUAUUUGUAUUUAUUGUUUACGUUUAUCUUACUCUUUCUCCAUACCUUCCAGUUUCAAAUAUCUUGGCUUGUUAUGUUAUCUCUCUGGAUUAGAUGAAGGUAUUCGAUUCUUCUUUGUUC